CACUGAAUUCUUGUCGUUAUUAAAACACUCAUUUCGUUGUUGGGAGCUUUAUGUAAUGGAGCAGAGGGUUAAGAUUUUCAUUGGAAUUUUAUGGACAUUUAUGUUGGUGGGGAAAAGUAAACACGAAAGUAUAUUGCUACAAAAUGUUACGGAGGUUCUAAAAACUGCCAAAUCUCUGGAUGAUAUUAAUGGAUCGUUCGUAGAUAAAAUAAAAAGUGUUGGUGCUAUGGCCGAAACAUUUACAGAAAUGAUCGCACCUGCUUUGAAAAAUCUUAAAGAAGAGACAUCAACACAUCCGCUAUCAACAGAUUCUAGCUUGUUAAAGCGCCUCUUAAUCGAAGUAGAUCGUCAGUUUAAAAGUCUUUCUAUGGACUUCAAAGGCAUGAUGCAGAGGUUAGAGGAACAACGCAUUCAGAUACAACUGGGUAUCACGGAACAGAAGAUAAGAGUAGCCGCCCAGGAACUAGAACUUCUACACAGCAUACCUGCAGAGGCAUUUUCAGAGCAAGUGCAACUUUUUAUACUUAAUUAUGAAUCCGAUUUCCAGAACAGUGCAAAAAAGUUACUGUAUUCCAUAAUGAACGAAAAUAACUUGUUCCACAGAAGCAUUUUCAACAUUGCCAUUCCUUUAACUUCAUACAAUGCAGAACUGAUGCAACUUUUUAUGAUGAACAUGCUUAAGUUGUUGCUACAAGGAGUCAACGUAGAAAUGUCGUAUCUGAUUGUGAAGAAUUACUCUGAGAGUUAUAAAUUUAUGAAACGUGAUUGGGGCAAAAAAAUCAGAGAGGUUACGCAGCAUAUGACAAAAGUUGACCAGAUCGUAAGAUCAAAAUGGCGGGAACAAGCAGAAAUAGAUGUAAUUCAGAUGGCUGAUACCAAAGACGAUUUAGACCAUUAUUCCUUUGCUCACUUGAUAUACAACCACUUGCAAAACAAGUACCCAUGGCGACAUUGGUUUACCGUUGUAUAUGACCCAAUCGAUGGUUCUAAUAAGCACUGGAUGAGCACUUGUGGCGGUUUCACUAAAUUCAGAUUUCAUGGAAGGAAUAUUGUUGUGGCCAGUGUUGAUGAGAACAAGCCAUACCUUGAGGAGAAAGAGGGCCUGGAUAUUUUAAUGAAUUUACCAGCAAGUGCCACUGCUGAAGGGUUCUACUAUUCACUUCCGGAUUCUAUUACGGGGAAUUGUGAGUGGUACGCGUCAUCGGGGUGUUUGAAAUACGGAUACAAGGGACAUCACGUGGGCUUUGGAAAGCGAACUGUUAUUGUGGGAAGAAACGAUUCCAAUAUGACUCUUCAUCUUUUCGGAUAGAUAUGUAUGUUGUAGUCAGUUUGAAAAUUAUUAAUUCUUUUUUUAUACACAUGAUACAUGCUGAUAUAUAUUAUUGAUUGGGAAUAAAUGUAUUACUACUUAGUAACUACAAGUACCGAAGUCGAACACCAGGAACGUGUUUUUGAAGAGGAAGAAAAUCCAUUUAUCCAACCUGAAUCUGUGGAGAGAGUCUGAGAGACAGGAGACUGACAUACAUGUACAUGUAGCUGUUACAACUGAUGGUUUUUGAAUAACGAAGUUGACUGAUAGACAUUGCAUUCAAUAGUAUUAGAUCUUGGUCCAGUAAUUAUAGUUAAAACAACGGGGAUAUUGGUGCAAUUCUAAUCGAAAACAGAAUAUUCUUUUUAUAUUACAUUCAGUAUACUUGUACUUGUCAAUUCAGACCACAUUGUAACCAAUAUUACGUUUGGUAUUGUUCUAUCUCCUAACAGCUAAUCAUAGUAACUGGAAUUAUAAAACAGAUUGACUUGAAAGUUUAUGUUUCUGCAAAUGUCUCCAUGAAUUGUUUACUAAAAUUUCAAAUGAAAAUAAAUAUUUUUUCUCAGACUAGACAGUCAGAAUUAGUAUACUUAUGACCGACAUUUAUGUAUAUAAACAAUUUAUUAGCUAGCAACUCAUGGGAAAUUGAUGAUAAUGUCAUCCAUGACGAUUAAAGUUACAAGAACAUUUUGUAAUGAAAUCAUUUAUCACAAUGUUUAUAACGCAAUACUCAACAUUUUAGUCAUGAUGUCUGAACGAAACAUGCACAACUUGUUAAAAAAUACAUGUACAUGUAUGUAAGUUUGGAAUUUAUUCUGAAAAAUUGAGAAUUUUAAAUUAAGUUCCAUUAAAUUUUAGAAGCAAGGUAUUCUCUGAGUCGAGCGAUCAACCAUUCUUUUAUAUUUUAAUACUUUAUUUAAUAUGAUGCUUUGAAACUUUACC